AUGAGACCCUCAGUGAAAAAUAUUUGGUUUCAGACCAUAUUAUUUUUGAGUAUGAUAAGUUUUGUGAAGAGCUGGAAUCCACCUGAACUUAGUGAUAACCAAAUACAUGAUAUAAAUAACAGCCCGAAUAGAGUUCAAAGAAGUCAUUCAAGACAACCUGUACGACAAGAAAAUACACCUAGAGUAAAUACAGAUAAAGAAAUACGAAGCAAUAUAAUUCCAGAGGCAAUACAACCCGUAUCACAAAUUAUCGAGUCCAAAGAAACUGUUCAAGGAAUACAAAACAGUUUAAUACAAAAUGAUGUCAAUUUACCGCAAAGUUACAAUGCUGGGUUUGAAUCAAUUCAUAACUCCGUGCUUAGUCGAAAAUCGUUGAACGAUUUUAUCCUAUCAGAUAUCUUAAUUGCAGCUGAUAUAGAAGGUGGUAUACAUGCUGUCAACCGCGAAAACGGCCAAGUGCUGUGGUCGAUCCUAUCAUCUCAAUUUAAUCCACUCAUAGAAAUAAAGGAACCCCCGAGAAACUCAACCAAAGAGAUAUUAAUGGUUGAACCUUUUGAGGACGGUAAUAUAUAUUUUUUCAACAUGCAUCAAGGUUUACAAAAGAUUCCUGUUUCCAUAAAACAGUUGAUAUUAACAUCUCCAAUGCACAUGAAGGCAAACGUAAUUGUUGAUGACAUGGGAACUGUCGUGGAAGACGAAAAAAUAUAUACAGGCUCCAGGAGAACUGUGAUGUAUACAAUUGAUAUAAAGACAGGUGAAAUUAUAUCAGUGUUUGGACCAGGAACGGCGAACAAGAAUUUUAGAGAAUCUAUUUCAGAUAAUGAGGGAAACUUAUUAGUGCUAGGGAAGACGAUAUACGAACUAGGAAUACACUCCAAGGACGGAUCUACCUAUAAUGUGACAUAUGCUACCUGGCAAACAAAUACCCUGCACCAACAUUUAGCAGAACAAAAUCUUCAUGCUAACAAUGGUAUUCUCAUUGCCCCAUUUAGAGACAAGACGAUGCUGGCAAUUGAUUAUAACCUUAAAAUUGCUAAAUGGAUUUCUCCGAAGUUUCCAGGUAUCAUCACGUCUGUAUUCGAUGUUUUUGUUGAUGGCAGUGCAGGUGAAAAUAUUAUUGUACCUCACCAAUUCCAAACUAUGGAAAAUGAUGACAACAUUGGUGACCACAUUUACUUAGAAGAAACUGAGAAUCAUUCGUGGAUUGCUUUAUCUAGUCAAAACUUCCCAUCAUUGGUCAAGGCAGCCCCAAUUUCAAAAUAUAGUUCAAGUGAAAUCUGGAGAGCUCCGUCAAUAUUUGAUGAUGAGCCGCUCUUUAGAGAUGCCAUUUCUGGUGUUCAUUCUUUAGCUACAUCACAAUUCAAACCCACAUUAGCAUUACCGCCAAAAGAAAGUAGUGUUACACAUAAUCGACCAAGUAAUGCCCUCAUGAUGAUUGAGCCAAAUACUUACAACAACUUUCCAAGCGUCAAGGAGGACACAUUUAAUUCUUUAGAACGUUAUAUUUCACCAAUGGAACUCGAGUUAUAUAGGCUGAAAUUGGAAGAGCAAAUAACAAGACAGAUAAUGGCACAGAAUAAACAUUCGUUUUUGCAUACAUUAGGAAACUUAAUGUACAAAGUAUUUGAGAGUGGUUUUAUUAUUUUAGCUUCGCUUGCUCUACUAGGACUUCUUCAAAAGUUUAAUAUCACACCUCCAUUUCCUGUAAUAUUGGAAAAGCUUGGGCUAGUGUCCCCAAAUGAGGAAGAUGCUAGUGAUACGGAUCCAAGUGAUACAAAAUUGUUAAAUACAGAGAAACAGUCCAACAAGAACAUAAAUCAUGUGAAUUUCAAAGAUAACGAAAAGGAAAACGAAAACGAAGAUGAACAGAAUGAGGGAGAAAAAAUUAAUACAGAAAACGAUACCGGCAAUAAUCUUGAUAAUGGGAAACAAAUUGAAAAGAAGAAGAGGAAAAGAGGAUCUAGAGGUGGAAAAAAGAAUAAAUCUAAAAAAAUUCCUCAAAAUGAACACCCUGACCAACUUGAUUUUGAAACUGAUCUAAGAAAUCUAACAGUAUCUGAUACUAUAUUGGGAUAUGGUUCUUCAGGAACUAUUGUCUUUAAGGGGUCCUUUCAAGGUAGGGAUGUUGCAGUAAAGAGAAUGUUGAUUGAUUUUUGUGAUGUCGCAGACCGUGAGAUCCAACUUUUAACUGAAAGUGACAAUCACCCAAACGUGAUUCGAUACUAUUGUUCCGAAAGAACUGACCGAUUCCUCUAUAUCGCGUUGGAACUUUGUACAGCUACCCUUCAGGACUUGAUAUAUGGCCGAAACCUGCCUGUUGAAGUUACAAAAAUUAACAAAUCCAUGGAUCUCAUUAAUAUUAACUACCAAAUUGCAUCAGGUGUUGCGCAUCUACAUUCUUUAAAAAUUAUUCAUAGAGAUCUAAAACCACAGAAUAUUUUAGUGUCUAUAAACCAACAAGAGUUAUUUAAUCCGGAUAAAGCCGGAACCAACUUGCGUAUUUUGAUUUCUGAUUUCGGCCUUUGCAAAAAGUUAGAUAAUGACCAAUCAUCUUUUAAGACGAAUAUCAAUAAUCCUGCUGGCACAACUGGAUGGAGAGCACCCGAACUUCUAGAAGCUUCUGUGUCAAAAAUUCUAGAAUCUAUUACUGAGAGAAACGAAGAUACAGAACACUCUACAGACCACAAUACAAACUCGAUGUCGGUAGUUUCCACAGGCUCAUUCUAUGAUCCUUUCAUCAAAAAAAGAUUAACCAGAGCCAUUGACAUAUUUUCAUUGGGCUGUGUUUUUUUCUAUGUUUUAACAAAGGGUCAACAUCCAUAUGGUGACAGAUAUAUGCGAGAAGCCAACAUUAUCAAAGGGAUUUAUGACCUAUCUCCUCUCAAAACUCACAUAAUUGAUCGAUCUAACGCAGUGGAAGCGAUUGAUCUGAUAUCCAGGAUGAUCUCGAAGGAUGCAAGGAAUAGACCUACAGCAUUUGAUGUCCUAAAGCACCCGUUAUUCUGGCCUGCUUCUAAAAAAUUAGCUUUCUUAUUGAAAGUUAGUGACAGAUUUGAAGUAGAAAGAAGAGACCCCCCAAGUUCAUUGCUUCUAAAACUAGAAACUAUUUCCCCUAAAGUUAUCGUCGAUGGCGAUUGGUCCCAAAAAUUUGACAAAGCUUUUAUGGAUAAUCUUGGAAAGUACAGAAAAUACCAUUACAAUAAAAUUAUGGACCUUUUAAGAUCUCUAAGAAAUAAAUACCAUCAUUUUAUGGAUUUGCCAGAGGACUUAGCGAAAACAAUUGGCCCUAUCCCAAACGGAUUCUAUAACUACUUUAGCGUACGAUUCCCUAAUUUGUUAAUGGAGAUAUACCUCCUGACCAAGGAAGUUCUUGAAGACGAUCAAAUGUUAAAAGAGUUCUUCUGA